CAAAUAAAACGCCUAUGAAAAAAGGCCAUCAAAUUUUUUCCCAGGGCUUGAUCAUCCAAAUACAGUAUAAUUAGUACAUCAUACAGGACAGAAUGGCGGACUUCUCUGGGAAGUGGACCGUCACGGAAUGGGACGACGACAGCUUCGUCAAGUUCUUCGCCGCUAUGGGUGCACCUGACCCAAACAUGGCAUUGGGACUUUUCAAAACGGUCGAAACCUACGAGAUUAUCGACAAGGGAGACACCGUCAUCUUAAGGAUUCCCGACCCUGCGAGUGAGGGGGGAGAGAGAGACAUUCCGUUUAAAGUAGGGGAGGAGAGUGAAGCAUUGGGACCGGUGGGAGUACCAGUGAAGAAAUUUACGAUCAAGGAGGGAAACAAGCUGAUAUUCCACGAGACAGCUCCAAACGGACAGAAAAACAUCACUGUUCGCGAGCUGCAGGGGGACAAGAUGAUACUUACAAAGACUCACGAAGGCACGGGUGUUACCGGAAGAUGCGUGUUCAAGAAAGUAGGAAGUAAACUCUGAGGACUCUUUGCGCUGCUUCUGUAUCAUUCUAAAUUCAGAAGGCCAAUUACGCAAUGUCAGGCCAUAUCCCUACGAAAUAUUUCUUGUUUAUGUAACUUUUAUGUGUACCUGCGUCGUAACGUUACCCUUAUAUCAUUUCAAUACUAACUUAGUUAUAGAGUCAACUAUGUGGGGUCGUGUGGCGUAGCGGCAGAGUGCUCGACUCAGAACCUAGAGGUCCCGGGUUCGAGUCCUGACAUGCCACCAAUCUUGUGCCCUUGGAACUUUACACGACUAUCCUCACUUCGCUGAGGUGAAAAUGAGUAUUGUAUUGUCCCCUGUGUUGGUGGCGGCAUUAAUAUAAGUUUGAAAAACUUGAGUGUGCCGUCACCACGUCUUGUGAUUA